AUGUCAUCAGUGAAGUUACUAGAUCGAUGUUUCUUCAGGAACAAUACAGUGAUUCAGUUGCUUCAAGGAAUACAAGCUGCACUUAUUUCCCUAAAGAGUGGUCAAGAAGCAUUGCUAGGCCGUCAAGAAGCAUUAGAAAAAAAACAAGAUGCGAUGAAACUUCAAAUGACAAGUUUUUACAAUGAAUUUAAAGAUCAGGAAUUUCCAGAUAGAACUAUUGUAACCUCUACCAGUAUAAUAACAGACAAUCUUAGAAUAGAAUUGACCGAGGAAACCAAGAGAAUUGUUAACACAUGUACCAAGAUCAUAUGUGAUCAACUGGCAGCUCUUCCAUCUGUUCAGGAUCUUGGAACAAACCCUGACUGGAUAAAAACAGGCUGUGUAUCAAUCAUUCUAUCAUACUCAGAGACAAUGGAAUCGAUUUUACCAGAUGUCACAGAAACUGGGCAUCAAUUGCAAGGGUUAGCCAGCUCUGAAGAGGGCAUAAGAAGUGAGAAUACUCUGGUAAGUUCAUAUCUGGUAGGAAUUUUAGCCAGUACGAUUCAUGAAUAA